UUAGAGAAAGUAUAAAAUAUGUGAAAGGCUCACAAGCUAGAAAGCAAAAAUUUUUGGAAUGUGUCAAACAAAGUUAUCUUGACUCAAAGAAAGGAUUAAGACAAGAUGUGCCUACGAGGUGGAAUUCUACAUUCAUUAUGCUUGAUUCAGCUAUUUAUUACAAACGUGCCUUCCAACAUUUGGAAUUACUUGACUCUAACUUCAAAACUUAUCCUAGUAAUACUGAAUGGGAUAGGUUAGAUAUUAUUUGCAAAUUUCUAGCACCUUUCUAUGAGAUUACUUGUGCAUUCUCAGGUACUAAGUAUCCUACUUCAAAUCUAUUCUUCCCUUGUGUAUCUACGGCUUAUGCAUCACUUAAGCAUGAACGGUUACAUGGUAUUGAGUACAUCCGAAAUAUUGCAACAAGGAUGUUAGUAAAGUUUGAGAAAUACUGGUUUGAUUUUUGUGAUAUCUUGGCUAUAGCAGUCAUCUUGGACCCUAGGUACAAGUUCACAUUUGUUGAAUGGUGUUAUAAAAAAUUAUAUGGAGGUGAUUACAUUUCUGAAACAAAGAAGGUUAGGGAUAAGCUAUUUGCCUUAUUUUCAAACUAUGAGAAGGUGGACCUACAAGCCUCGGAUGACAUGUCAUCAUUACCUUCAGUUAGUUCUCAAGUUGAUAGCUCAACGACUUUUCCUUCAAUUACAAAAUCACAAUUUCUUCAGGAUUAUGACUCAUUUGAAGAGGAAAUAACUAUGCCUAAGAAGUCACAACUUGAAAUGUAUCUUGAAGAACAAAAAAUUGAUAGGAAGGUUAAGUUAGAUGUAAUACAUUUUUGGAAAGGUAACCAAUACAGGUUUCCUGAAGUAGCAGCUAUGGCUAGAGAUGUUUUAUGCAUUCCCAUCUCCACAAUUGCUUCAGAAAGUGCAUUCAAUAACAGUGGUAGAAUUUUGGAUCAAUAUAGAAGUGCUUUAAAACCUGACAUUGUUGAAGCCUUAGUGUGCAGUAAAGAUUGGUUAUAUGGAAAUAAUGGUAAAUGUUCUAUAUGUUUGCAUUAACUUCUCUCAUUUUUCUGGCUUCAUGUUAAAAGUAAAAUGCUUUUUUUGUAGUUAUGACUGAUCCAGAACUUGA